GCCUCCAUGUUGGAGAGAUGAAGUAGAUAACUUUACACCCCCGAGGAGACACAUAUUCAACAGCUGUCUGCACCAGGAGAAAAAAGGAAGAGUCAUGAUGAAGCUACUGGUUGUCAUGAUGUGCCUGCUGGUCACCACCUUGGCUGCGCCUGUCCCAGGGAGUGAAAGCAACGAGGUUGCGGCACAUGCUAAUGAGGCCCUCAGGUGGAUGGAGAUGUACAGGCUGUACCAGCAGCAGGGGGUAGUUGGAAACCCUUUCCUUCCUGCUGCUGAUGCUCCUGCGGAUCCAGCUGUGGCGAAAGUGGUGGAUGCUGCACCAGCCCAGCCAGCCGAUGUUCCCCCUCCAGCUCCUGCGGCGGCUGUUGAAGAUGCAUCAGAGGAAGAGACAGAGGAAGGGGACGCUGCCCCAAAAGGUGCAGCGCCCGCUGCUCCUUCUGCCCCCCUAAACUCAGAUGAGGAAGAGGAGGCAGAAGAGGUGGAGGCAGCCGAGGCAGAGCCAGCCGUGGUUGACGCCACACCAGCGGAGCCGGCGGCAGAUCCAGCAGCUGCUGUUGAGCCAGCUGUGGUCGACGUCCCUGUAGAUGCUGCUGCUGUCGACGCUGGUGCUGCUGUCGACGCUGGUGCUGCUGUCGACGCUGGUGCUGAUGCUGAUGCUGCUGCAGCUGUGGAUGUCCCUCCCGUGGAUGUGGUUCCUGUUGAUGUCACACCAGCGGCCCCCGAGGUUGCUGCUGAUGUGGCCUCUCCUGCCGCAGUCGAUGUCCCUGCUGCUGCUGACGUUGGUGCAGCUGACGUUGCUGCUGCAGAUGUUGGUGCAGCUGACGUUGCUGCUGCAGAUGUUGGUGCCGCUGACGUUGCUGCUGCAGAUGUUGGUGCAGCUGAUGUUGGUGCAGCUGACGUUGCUGCUGCUGAUGUUGGUGCCGCUGAUGUUGGUGCUGCUGAUGUUGGCCCCGCUGAUGCGGGCGCUGCCCCGCUGGCAGCUUAGGCUGACAUGGCCUGGUGUGGGAAUUGGAAAAGGAAAACUAGAAAACAGCAAUGGGUGCUGUAGGUGGCACCAUGAAAGGAUGAAAAGAAGCUGUGGCAUGCUGAAGAAGAGACUGAGGGUAAAAAAAUGAUGUAUGCUCUUUGUGUGUUUUCACUCCAGAAUUGGAAAAUUAAAGAUAUUCUUUGA